UUUAAUAAAUGGUUCGAUUUUGGAAUUCCAUAAAAAAGGCUUUGAAACUAAAAGCAUUACAGAAAAAAAAGAAUAUGAAAUAAUUGAAUAUGACUAAGUGAAAAAUAUUCAUAAAGGCGAAGUUAAAUGCCUUAUUUCUUAAAAAAUAUUUAAUAAUAGAUAUAUAUUCACUGGUAGUGUUGAUAGAACAAUUAAAAUAUGGUAAUUAUUAUUUAAUAUUAUGUAUAAUUUUUCUAUAUAAUAUUAGGGAUACUGAUUAAAAAAAAAAAGCUAUAGUUUAGACUUUAGUAGGUCAUUAAGGUACAAUUGUGAGUUUAUAAUAUUCUUAAAAAAAUGAGACUCUAUUUUCUGCUUCAAAUGAUAAAACAUUUAAAAUAUGGAAAUAAGAGGAAGGAAGAGAAUUAUUUUAUCAUCCAUGGUUUGUUUGUUUUUAAAUUAUUUAUGAUUUCUCAAUGAAAAAGAUGGUAAAUAAUAGCACCUAUAUCACCUGUAUACAUUGCAAAGAAGGAGAAAAUGUCUAAUUAUAUGCUGGAGAUACAGAAGGUUCAAUACAUAUAAUAAGGCCUGAAACAUUAAAAAAAAGUAGUGGAUAUGUUUUAGAAAAAUCAAAUUAUAAUUAUCAUAGAUUACAUGUAAUACAAUUUAUAAGUGUUUCUAAAGAUAAUUAAUUAUUUACUAUUGGUUAUGAUUAGAAAAUAUUAGGAUUCGAAGAAUUAGCUAGUAAAUAGUUUUUUAGUUUAAAAAACCCACACAAAUGUCUUUUUACAAGUAUUUGUUGGAAUAUUUCAUAAUCAGUAAUUUAAAUAUUAAAAACUUAAAAAAUUAAAAAAAAAAAAUAGGAACUUAUUGCAGCUGAUGAAUAAGGAAGGAUUUAUUUUAUUAAUAUUCAUUCUGAUAAAGCUAUAUAAGAAUUUCAUUUAUAUCAAUAAAAAAUACUUAGUAUUGAAAUUAUUGAAAAUCUUUAAUAACUAUUAGUUGUUACAGCUAAUUUUAUAGAUGUUCUGAGGAUUAAAAGAGGUGUAAAAGCUGGAAACAUAACAGAAGCUCAUACAGGUCCAAUAAUAGAUUUGUAUGCAUUAAUACCUUAUAAAUUAACAGAUAAAAAAUAUAAAGAUACUCCUAAAUUAAUAAGUACAAGCUUAGAUAAUACAAUAAGAGUUUGGGAUCCAAAAGAUAUGCAAUGUCAAAAUUUAUUAGAAAAUAAUGAAAAAUAGGAAAUUAGUUGUUUAAGUUAUUUAAAAUAAGCAAACUUAUUUGUUACAGGACAUGAAGAUGGGAAUAUUAAAUUAUGGAAUAUAGAACUUAAUAGUUGUCUUGUCUUAGAUUAAUAACCGCCUAAUAAACACUGGGAUUCUAUUUAAUGCUUUGCUUCUUGUAUUUUUGUAUAGAAAAAAACAUAGUCGGAAGAAAAAAUUGAGUUCUUGUUUUCUUCUGGGUAUGAUGGAAAAAUAAAUGUUUGGGAAAUUUUUGAAAAAAAAAGCUUUGCAUAAAAUACUUUUUCAGGAUCUAUUAUUUGUCCUUAACUUAAAAGUUCGAUUAUUGUAGAUCCUUAAUUAGAAAAUUGUGUUGGAUAAAUUGAAAUCUUAUUUUUAGUUAUUGAUGAAAAGGAAUAAAAUAUUAUUGCAGCAGGAAAUAGUGGAAAACUAUAUUAUAUUAAAAUUGCAUAAUAAAAUAAUAAUUCUAAAAUUUCUAUAAAUGCACAUAAUAACAGUAUUAAUAUAUUAGUAAUUGAAGGAAGAAUAUUAUUUAGUGGUUCAGAUGAAAUGGUAAUAAAGCUUUGGGAUUUAGAUUCUAAAUAGCAUAUUAAUACUUUAGAUCAUUUUUAAGAACCAGUAGUUGAUAUGUUAAUUAUUUAAGAAUCAGGACAUUUGAUUAGUUGUUCUUUUGAAGGAAAGAUACGAGUUUGGGAUUAUAUACAUUCUGAAUGUAUAAAG